GGAGUUUCUGUCAGUCCUCUUCAGACUGGUUCAGAGUCUCAGAGGGGUUCAGGUCUAUAGAGUCUCAGACGGGUUCAGGUCUACAGAGAGCUGAUGAAGAUGAUGGUGGUGAUGAAGAUGGUGGUGGUCCUCAUCCUCUCCGGUGUCCUCUGUGACUCAACUGAAGUUUUCCAUGAGGACAUUAGUCUCGUGGGAUGUUCAGACUCUGAUGGAGAGAAUAUGUAUGGUCUGGAUGGUGAAGAGGUUUGGUUCGCAGACUUCAAACACAAGACAGGAGUCGACCCUCAGCCCAGUUUUAUAGAUCACAUUACCUACCCAGAAGGUUAUGACGUUGCUGUGACUAAUUUGGUGAUCUGCAGAAGGAACCUGGAAAUUGCACGUAAAGCCUUCAAGGACUUCCCACUGGAGCGAGAUCCUCCUUCCAGUCCCAUGAUCUACCCCAGAGACCAGGUGGAACCAGGACAGAAGAACAUCCUCAUCUGUCAUGUGACUGGUUUCUUUCCUGCUCCAGUGACGUUCUCCUGGACGAAGAACCAGGAGAACGUCACUGAAGGAACCAGCAACAAUGUUCCCUUCAUCAACAAAGAUGGAACCUACAACCAGUUCUCCAGACUGGAGUUCAGCUCACAUCUGGGAGACAUCUACGGCUGUACGGUGAAGCACUUGGACCUGGAGCAGACCCGGUUCUGGGAUGUGGAGAAGACUCAGCCCAGCGUUGGACCGGCGGUCUUCUGUGGAGUGGGUCUGACUGUCGGUCUUCUCGGUGUCGCUGCUGGAACGUUCUUCCUCAUCAAAGGAAACGAGUGCAGCUGAUUGUUUUAAUCAUCUUCAUCAUUCAAUCCAGAAUAAUUCAUGUUGAUAAUUAUUUUUCUCAUUAUUGUAUGAAUUGAUCUUGAAUAUCUGCGUGCUCUUAUUUUUAAAUAGAGAUGAAACCAUGAUCAGCUAGCUCUCCUCUGAUUGGCCGAUCACAUUUAAUUAUCUCCAUUAUAUAGUUUUAAUAGUUUUGACUUCUGUGUCUUUUAAAAAUCAAACUUUGUAGUUUAUUUCUUCUUAAAGUGAAAUGCACUUCACAGCUUCAGUAAUCUAAAAUAAAUCAGACCAGUUUCAAAGCAGCCAAUCAAAUCAUCUCCGAAGCAGCGAUGUCAUCACAGGAACCAAUCAGCAGCCUCAGAACACAACGAGCACGUUAACGUGAUGCUAGAUGUCCUAGACAGGUCUGAUCCUUCUGCACUUUAAUAAACAAGUCUUAUUAAAUGUAGAGAACUUUUAAUGUCAACAUGAAUAAUAAUAAAGAAAUAAAACA